AUUUGUCUUACUGCAUCCAGAAGAAAGAGAAACACACACACAUAUACACACACAUACCCACUACACGCCGUGCUUUAGACCCAUGGCAUCGACCGGUCUGACACGGAAGGACACCACGAAGGGUCCUCCCCUUCGUGUGCUGUCGCUAGAUGGCGGCGGUGUCCGAGGCUACAGCAUGUUCAUCAUCAUACAGGAGAUUAUGCACCGAACCUUUGUCGAGAUGGAAGGCCGCGCGCCCCGACGCCACGAGAUCCCCAAGCCUGCCGACCACUUCGACCUGAUCGUCGGCACCGGAACGGGCGGCCUCAUCGCUCUCAUGCUGGGACGCCUGCGGCUCGACCUCGAGACUUGCAAGGAGCUCUAUGUGCGCAUGACCCGCAUGGUUUUCGAGACCGACAAGACCCUCUUCGGCAUCCCUACCCACUCGACCCUCUUCAAGGCCUCGAAGCUCGAGGAGGCCAUCCAGGAAGCCGUCAGGGAGCACACGGUAUCGGGGUCAGAAGGAGACGACGGCACCUCAUCUCUGUUCAGCCCGCUGAGUCCACAGUCCCGCGGCGGGAACACCCACGGGCCGAGGAGGCAUCUCAGCAACGCGAGUGUGGUUAGUUUCAGCGCCAAGAGCCCGACGGCACAGAUGGCACGGCCCGCCUUCACCGGAAGGGGAGGUGAUCCAAAUGCGCGCCUAUACGACGAGAGAGAAAACAGGACCAAGACGGCUGUGACCGCGAUCUACAACGGCGCGCGCAGUAAGUCUGACGUUGUGCUGCUGCGGUCAUAUGACUCCAGGAGGGAGACGGCUCCCGAAUACGACUGUACAAUCUGGGAGGCAGGAAGGGCGACCUGCUCGAUAGGACUGGCCUUCAAGCCCAUCCGGAUUGGCCAGACUGUGUUCCACGAUGGCGGCGACGGAAAGUUCAACCCUUCCCCCGAGGCGCUCGAGGAGGCUAUGACAAACGAGUGGCCCGGACGUGAGAUUGGCGUCUUCCUCAGCCUCGGGACAGGCAAGAGGCCCAAGAGCAGCGACGUAAACAAGACGGAAUGGUACGAAGGGUUCUUGGGAGGGUUCGCCGAGGCCAGGAGGAGACUCAUUUCCAAGAUCGAGGGCUGCGAGAAGACACACGAGCUGAUGAAAAAGGACAUUUUGCCCUCGAAAGGAGUGAAUAUUGACAACUACUACCGGCUAAACGUGGAGGUCGGUGUGGGCGAGUUCGGAAUGAACGAGUGGAAUCGGCUGUCUGAGAUCUCCACGUCGACGAGAAUGUACCUCGGCCGCAGGACAGAACAGAAGAUGGUGCAGGACUGUGCGGCCAGGCUGGCUAAGAUCAACCGGGCAAAGCAGCGCCUCGAUCGGUACAGCGGUGAGUCGGAGCUGAAGCCCUUUAAGGAGGACUACAACCUCCUAUCGCCGCUUGCAGUGGAGCUCCCGGCAGAGAUCCCAGAGGCAUGGCCACCCGCGCCGAAUACCCCCUCCAACCGGUCUAUCGACAGACAGUCGUACGACUCCGGGAUCGACGCCCUAUCAGUGCCAACCAACCAGCGGUCUCCCAGAAGCUCAUACGAGCGUGUCUUACCUCCCAUCCCGCAGGACGAGGAGGCUGCUAUCCCCCCACCCCUGUCACCCCGCCGAGAAACGCCACCUGAAGGACGAGUUCGGCCGCCGUCGGCGCCAGUCCCUAACCACAGCGCCGACCACGAUGAUCACCUGGUGGUACACGCGCCAUCGCCAGCGCAAUUUCGGACCGCCGCAGGGACGGACAAGAUCGCCAUCGUCUCAGCAGACGAGCGUCCUCGAGGCCAAGGAGCUUACGGCAGUACGUCACCACAACGCUCACGGGUUGAGCCUCCUCCGCUGCCACCCAAGACGCCCCUGCCUGACCACCAGGCCAUGCGGAGAGUGGGCACAGCGCCCGCGAUCUCGUCUAUUGAUGCCGCUGUUGGUGGUGGUGGUGGUGCUGCUGCUGCUGCGCCGCCGUACCCGCUCGACGAUGAGCAGCCACCACCACCUGUGGGGAGGAAGCCCCCGAAUUAUCAAGGUCGGUGAGGGAAGACUAAGAGGAGGCGGAGAGAGGAAACGUUGUGUGCGUAGGAAGGUUUAUGCAGCUUAUUUUUCUUGGCUCAGGAGCGUAUACCUGGAUAUGGGUGACUCAAUCAGGUCGACGCACAUGCAUACGAAGGCUUCGGCUAAGCUACGAACACACACAUGCCCGGCCUUGGAGGGGGGGAGGGGAGGGGUGGGGUGGCACAGCCUGGGUUCCAGGGCUGGGGCCUAGACUGGACUGACAGGCUUGAAGACUGCUCAUGACAGUGACGACAAGGCGGCGUUCAGGAGACCAAGUUUGGGCUCCAGUGGAUUUCUUAUUUCUCUUUUUUUUUUUCUUCUCUCUCCUGCUCUUACGAUACCAAUUUCAGCAUACAUGAUUUCUUUUGG